GCGCCACACAUGGUAUGGAUGUAUAGUGAGGGUUGUUCAGUUGCAGAAGCAUGUUUUGGUUUUAAUAUUGUUUUUCCUAGUAGUUUAACACUUUCUUCCUCAUUCACUUAUCUGAUUAUUAGUUUACUAUUACAAGCCAUUGUAAAAAUCAAAUGUUAACGUGUUUUACGGACAGCUGCACAAGCAGGUUCUGUUUUAUUCAUUUUGCGUCAAGUUGUCUGAAAUGAAAGUGAAAGCUCUUCGAGUUGAAUGGCACAGGGAAAGAUAGGUCCAGAAGACCGUUUUGUAACAUGAUUUUUAACGUCAAUAUUCUUAUCUGUUUAUUUCUCUGUGGAGAGGUGCAAGGAAUCCAGUCUUUCGAACAGGUGCCUUGGCUGCCCUGUCAGCUGGUGGAUGAAAGUGUAACGUUCAAUGAUGAGGGACAUGCUGAAACCGAGUACCAACACAGAGACGCAGGGCUGCAGUUUGGCCAUCCAGGGGACAGUUCUUUGAACCCUAAUACUAUCACCUUCCUUGUUACAGGCUCUAAGGUGGACAUGAGGAAGUACAUUGAAGGAGUAGUGGAGCACCAGCUGCAGUGUGAGAUCCGCAGGUACAGCACAGAGGGCCUCCAGAUGCGUUGGCCAGGUUUAGGAGCCCAGGAGCAUGACAUCUGGUUCACCUGCACCAUACGGCACACCGACGGUGUAUUCAUCAUCACCAGCUUCCUCAGACACACACCUGCAACACCCACACCUGGCCAGGCACACUACCGCAACUGGGCCGCCAUCGCAGACAGAGCGGCGCUAACCACUUCAACUGUGAUGCUAGUCCUCACCCGCUCUCCCUCUGUGUGGGUGGGCCUAGUGAAGCAACAGAGCUUGCAUUGUCAGUUUGACGUGGACCACAAGGCAGCUGACCUGACAGUGGAAUGGCGUUUUCAACAACGCGGCGAACGCACCACGCUCUUCAGCCACUCCAGCCGCUCGGGCCAGACGGAGGGGAGCGGGGUGCCGCUUAACGCCAUCGGUAGGGGCAACGCAUCCCUGACGCUCCCCCUCACCAAGCAGAGCAGCGAGGGGACGUAUGUCUGCCUUGUCUCAGUGCCUCCGCUGUUUGGUAGCCAUGACAUCACUCUGCACAUCAUGGAGCCGCCUCGCGUGUCCUUGAACGUGGGCUCUACCAUCUCUCUGGUGGACAGGGGGGAGCAAAAGGUGGUGUGUGAGGCAGAGGGCUACUACCCCCUGGAUGUGGAGAUGGAGUGGUUCAGGGAGCCCAGUGGUGGAGGCCUCCUACCAGAGAAGCUAGACACUGUCCUGUACUCCAGCCACCACCACCACCAGGACGGCACCUACUCUCUGUCGGCCUUCUUCCUGCUCCACGCUUCCCUGCAUGACUCGGGCUCCACGUACUUCUGCAGGGUGUCUCACAGCUCCCUGCGCAUGCCCAUCCGCAAGAGCUUCACCCUCAUCGUCACAGAGUAUGACAGUUGGAACUCUGCGCUGUGGUUGUUCUUUGGCUUUGGAUCCAUCUUGGUCAUGGUGGCCAUUUUGUUUGUGAUGCUACCCCGCCUGAGCUCAGCAAGAAAAGCAAAUCAGCGCAAGCCCUACUGAGAGAACAAUCCAGAGUGGUCCUACUCUUCAUCUCUGGACUUCUCUAUCAGGUGGUUUAUUUUGGAGUUUAAAGUUUCCCCUGAUUCUCCUAUUAUAAAAGUACACAAAAUAUAUAAAGAGACUAUCCCACAAGGUCAUAGUACUGCUCUAUGAUAAGAUUGUGUAAGGAAGCUUAAUUUUGCAAUAAAAAUACUUGACAUGGAAUAAUUUAAUUUGAUAAAAAUGCAUGAUAAUGUUUGCUAUGAAAAAUAUGCACUAGGAAAUUGAUUUGUUUAAAAUUGAAAAGCAAGGGCACGGAUGAGAUUGUGAAUAUAUAUUUUUUUUUUUAAUUUGUAUUUAAUUGCUGUUGUGUUUACUGUUUUCGCUCUAGAGAUUUCUACUAAGCAGGUCAGAGUGUGAUGUCAAAUCCAAACAAGCUCUAUUUAUACAGCACAUUUGAGACAUGGAAUGCAACACAAUGUGCUUCACAGGGGAAAAACUGAAAUAUUUACUACACAACAAGCGUAAGAGGAUAAAAACCAAAAUGAUAACAAGCUGAAUGACUAAAAAGCACCCUAAGGAAAAUCAUAGCUAAAAAUGUGUAUUUUAAGAGCUCUUUUAAAUAUGACCACAGUUUUGGCCCCCCUCUGGUUCUCUGGCAGGCUAUUCCAGAGGCUGGGGGCAUAAUAGCUAAAACCUGCCUCUCCAUGUGUCUUGGUCCUAGGUUUUGAGAGUUCAAUAGAAAGCCCCUUUGUAAUAAUCAGGUCCAGAGUAUGGCUGCAGUUAUGGGUGGGCCCAGUAACAUGUUGGAUAAUGUCCAUAGAGCUUAAAAGAUGCAUAAAUUCUCUUUGUCAACAUGAAUAUUAGUUACCCAACACAAUAAAUUGAUCAUAGUUCUCAAGGACAAUAGUUCAGAGAAAUCAGUAAAAAAAAGUGUGGCAGUGCUUUGGUGGCCAACACAGGGUUAUGGCCAGCACUGGUGUCUGCCAUUUAAACAGUAUAGCGGCAUGCUCAAAAGACCCAAAGUCGCCAAACUAAAUGUCCUUACAGCUGAGAGCAUUAGUAAAAAUAGAGGCCACCCCCCCCACACUUUGAAAAGAUGUAGUCCGAUGCGGUUGACACACUAUUGUCUGUCUUCUGCUGAAAGCCAAUCUGUUCCCAGAGGCUUUGGUGUAAUCUUGGUUAAGUCUUUAGUACCCUACAAAUGGAGAAAUACUGUGCCAAAGCCCCAUCUCUGUUUCUACAUAGUUAACUUUACCAUAAACACUUCACUAUGGAAUGGCAGCUGUUCCCAAAGGGCACAUGGUAAAUUCCCCCCAAGCCAUACCUUUGGGCACUAAUGUUGGCACGUGGGGAGAAGUGUGGCUCUGGAGAGGCUAUCAUCACAGAGCAGAGCCAGUGUAAAGCUGCGUGCCUGGUGGGUCAGGAGUCAGCUGAGGGCCAGGGCUCCGCUCCGCCACACAGCCCAGCUCAGAGCUCCACCAGUGGAAAGGGCUGUAAUGGGAUCUGGGGGCUCAAGGAUACACAGAGUAGACCCACGGGUAGUUCUAACUGAGCAUCUGCUUCCUGUAAACUAUGAUGCACAAUCUGGGGUCAUACUAGGGUCAGGAUUGGUUGUGGUCUAGGUCUAUUAUAGUCAACUAUGGUUGUGGGUUACAUAUUUAGUCCCCCGGAAGGGCUCCAUCGAAUAUAAACUUGGAAAGUAAAGAGACAGAUCUGGAUGGUAACUUCCCUUCAGUAAAUGUUCCCGGAUGAGUUUCGGAGAUACUUCUUCAUCAAAGGGGUUGUAAAAAAAUUAUGUAGGUGUAGCUAGUUUAUUUGCAAAAAUGAUUCAUGCCAAUUGUUGACAAGCAUGCACCUGUUAAGCAGUGGUGCAAAAAGUACCCAAUUGUCAUACUAGAGUAAAAGUAUAGAUACUUUUAUUUGAGUAACUUUCUAUUAAAAAGGUAAGUCAGCCAGUGAAAUACUACUUGAGUGAAAGUCUAUGUAUUUGGUUUUAAAUAUACCUAAGUAUCAAAAGUAAUUGUAAUUGCUAAAAUAUACUUAAGUAUCAAGUAAAAUGUAUGAAUCAUUUAAAAUGUCUUAUAUUAAGCAAAGCAGAUGGCACCAUUUUCUUGUUUUAAAAAUGUAUGGAUAGCCAGGGGCACACUCCAACACUCAGACAUUAUUUACAAAAGAUACAUUUGUGUGUAGUGAGUCUGCCAGAGGCAGUAGGAAUGACCAGGUGUUCUUUUGAUAAGUGCUUGAAUUUGACCAUUUUCCUGUCCUGCUAAGCAUUCAAAAUGUAUCGAUUUACUUUUGGGUGUCAGGGAAAAUGUAUGGAGUAAAAAGUACAUUAUUUUCUUUGGGAAUGUAGUGAAGGAAAAGUUGUCAAAUAUAAAUAGUAGAGUACAGAUGCUCCCAAAAACUGCUUAAGUAGUACUUUAAAGUAUUUUUACUUAAGUACUUUACACCACUGCUGUUAAGAAACUAACUGUGAGGACUGUUUGAGCCCCCUGGAUUAAUGAACUGAAAAAUUGUAUAGUUCAAAGAAAUGAUGCAAAAGAGGUGGCAAACAAGUCAGGGUGAUUGGUUGACAUACUGUAAAUUGAGAAAUAUUGUAACUUAACAAAAAGAGAAAUUCUAGUAUGGCAUAAACCCAAAUGGAAAAAUACUUUGGAGUACCUUAAAUGAUAUCAUGGGCAAAAACCCCAAUUCAUCUCCAUCGUUUGAGGUUGAAGGGUAUAACAAAAUGUUUCGAUAUUGCCAAUCAUUUUAAUGACUAUUUCACUAGUAAAGUGGAUAAAGUGAAAUGACAACAGAACAGCAAACUAAUAUAUAUAUAUAUAUAUAUAUAUAUAGUAUAAAAGAUCUAAUGAUGAAAUAGAAGGAUUGUUUUGAAUUUAGUCAAUUUAGUGUGAUAGGGGUGGGAAAAACGAUGGUUAUCCAUCAAUGGUAAGCCAACAGUGAUAGAAGAAUUUGUAUGUUUAAGAUAAUGACUAAAGUAUUCCACCCUGAAACCAUAUAAUUGUAUGAAAUGUGUUAGAGUCAUAAUUCAAUAAUGUGUGUGACUUUAAGACUAGGCCAUUGUGUUACUAUUUCGCAAUAUGAGCAGGGUAUAGUUGAGACGUUCAAGGACAACUGAACUGUCGACUUGUGAUAACGGUGAAACUAAUAACUGGAAAGAGGCCUCCCCACCCUAGGGAGGAGAAAAACUGUUAGAAACGGCUUGCAGAAGAUAAUGAAACAUGUUGCAGAAGUGUGAUAAACAAUGUAUGUGUGAUAAAAAAUGCAGCCCACCUAAAGCGAGGUGGAGGUUCUACUGAUGUGAGUUCAUUUGUGUGUGCUAUAAAAAGACUGUUCUCAUUUUGAAGACCGAGCGCUCUCUGAAUAAAGAAUUGAUCUAUU